GCAAACGCUUGUUGACUCAUUGUUGGAAUAUCGAUACAGCGUGGCGUGCCCUUGUUUCCGAGAAAACGCGGAUGUUUGUGUCUUAUUCAAGCUACAGUCAGUAUAAAUGACACGAAUGUAGGCAAAGCGUCUCACUCAAGUUUGAUUCUACAAAGUAUCAAGGUGAAAAUGAAGACUCUUCUUGUUCUAAUUCUGACUGUUUGGUUUCAGACAUCUACCACAGAAGCAAGCCUCUGUCCGAACGCAACUGAAGGUCAAGUCAUUGAUUGGGAGAAGUUGGGAAGUUUGAACACAUAUUGGUAUGAUGUCAUCGACAUUCCAAAACCAGCCACCGAUGUUGAUUGCUGGGAUUGGAAACACAUUUGUCCAGUUCAAGAUGGAUUAAGGGCUACAUUAGUCCAAUACGUUGAAGGCGGUACAGGCAAACAUCAGAUGAAAGUGCAUUUUAUAUUGAAUGAGGAUGGAUCCUAUAGUUGGGAUAUUAAAAACAAAAGACGUUUCAGAAAAAAGACGAAAAAGGCCUUGGACCACAAAAUCAAUGAUCAAAUGAUUGAAGACAUAGACGUCCAAGCGGACUUACUUUUUAAGCUGAAAUUCUGGUUCAUGACUGAUUACGAAAACUAUUUCAUAGUAGGGACCUGUGCUGCUGGAGAAGACAAUAUUUAUGGCGCGUUUAUAAAAUUCAACAAACAAAAUCCGCCUGUUUCCGGUGUACUAGAUAUCUGGAACAGAUUCUCGGAUCUUGAUGAGUCACCACAAGUCUACUUAAAGACAGCUUGCAUUAAUAGACACCCUGAAGUUUUUUAAUAAUUGAAGGAGUGUUUUAUUUCUCGAUUUUAACAAUUUGACUAAUUUGAAAUAUUAUACAUGACUGAGUAAUAAUUAUUAUACAAAAAUAAAAUAAAUGACUAGUUUUAAAUUUCGUAUUACUGUUUUUCCUCGUUUUAAAUAAAUUUGGCAUUAUGUGUUGACUUUCA